AUGGAAGCAGUGCACCAAGGAGUACCACUCUUGUGCGUCCCCUUAUUCGGUGACCAGAAGCACAAUGCACGAAAGGCUGUCAAGCGAAACAUUGCAGUUUGCGUCGACAAGAGUGAUCUGUCACCGGAAACACUGAAAAACGCGCUUGGAAAAGUCCUUCGCAACACACUGUAUCGCAAAUCGUCGGAGCGCUUAAGCGAAAUGAUCCGGCACAAGUCCUUCUCUUCGCGUGAACGUUUGUUGAGACACGUCGAUUUCGCGUUGAAAUUUGGACCAAUCGACAGCUUUGAUAUUGCUGCCAACAACUUAUCAUUUGUGCAGUAUUAUUUGCUUGAUAUAAUCAUUCCUUUGCUCCUUUUAAUUGCUCUCAUCGGUAUCCUACUACUUCGAUUCCUUACAUAUGUUACACGCAGGGUACUACAGCAGUCAAAGAUAAAAUUCAAUUGGAAAAUUGCUUAG